AUGGAGGUGAAGAUGAGCCUCCUUAGCUGCCGAUUGGCUGAGCGGCCCGUGACGUCACCGACAGAUGUUUCCAAUAAAAUAAAUCCGGCGGCUGUCCUGCCCGCGAAGUCUGAAAUGCGGGUUCGUGGGCGUGGAGAAGCGCAGGCGAGGCAGGUACGGAGGUUUGGGGGGUCGUGGGAACAGGGAUAUCUUCUGAAAAUGCUGCCCCCUGAUCGCUCAGCCCUCUUCCUCCUCCUUCUCCUGCUUGGGGCCGUUGUCCCUUCCUCUGGGUUUUUUGGCUGGCUCACUCGGAGUGCUGCCCCAGUAGCUGCCCCAGACCCAACAGCUAGUGACUCAACAGCUGUUCCAGACCCCAAAAGUCUUUCACACGUCUCUUUUGAGAUGACCACAGCGGACGAAAGGUUCUUGGCUGAAGCCCGCCAGCUGGAUCUGUCACCCCUGGACUCUUGUCACCAUAAGGUUAUCGCACAGCUCCGGUCAUCUUGCACAGAGCUGACGGAAGAGGAGCUGGCCAAGUUGGGCGUGUCCCUGUUCAACUGUCAGGCCAGCGUUGAAGGUCGGAGGACUUACCUUUGCACUGUGGACAUGACCCUAGCAGAAUGCACGGCUGCGAUGGAUCCAGACACUUGGAAUGCUUACCACAUUGUGAGUAACCGUGCCCGUGCCGUCUGCUACGCCAUCCGCCAGCUGCAGUUCAAACACCGGGCAGAGCACACGGUCAAUGCUCUCAUCUCUACUGCUGUCAGCCAACUGGAAACCAUGAGGAUGCUGAAGAGCAACCAGGAGGAACUGAAGGCCCUGACGUCGGAGUCUCUGCAGAAGGUGGUGAGCAGCCAGCAGGAGUUGCUGACCCAGCAGGAGAAGUUUCAGGGCAACCAGGAACAGAUGGAGGAGUCCAUCCACAGCAACCUGGCUCAGCUGGCUCAGGAGAAGGCCCUGAUUGCCAGUGGGCAUCAGCAGGUGGCACAGUUAAUCGAGGGCAUCACGAAGAGGAUGGAAAAUGUAAGCAGCCACCUAGAUAAUCAGGAUACAGAUCUGCAAGAGGGACACAAAGCCAUCCUGAAGGAUCUGACCCAAGUCCAAAAGCGAGCUCAAGAAGUCUACUCAAAAAUAGAGACCAAUUUGGGCUUGUUCCUGGCCUAUCAGAACCAGACCACCCUCUAUUAUGACGAGCUGAUGGGGAAGCUUCAGAAGAUGACUGAGAGUCUCGGACUGGUGCUGUACACCAUGGACCGGAUGCAGAGCAGCGUGGAAGGGCGUCUCCAGCACAUUCAGAGAUUCGUCAACUGGGCAGGGUUCAGCCUGAGCUCCAUCUCUACCUGUGUUCUGCAUGGCAGCUAUUUCCUUCUGGCAGCCCUAAUCAUGACUUUCCUGCAGAUACCGGGCCUCCCACGUGCCGUGCUGCUAGUCCUGGUUGUGGCCAACGCACUCUCUGAGCUCAACCGUGCUGUCUCCUUGGGAUUUAAGUCUCUCACCAGCAUCUUGACAUUGGCCGUUGUAGGCAACUGGUUACUGGGAAGCGUUUGUCGCUGUGCUCUGAGAGCGAAGCAACAGAGUCCUGUCCUGGCAUCUUUGCCGCUUCCUCGGGAGGUUCCAGAAACACACACUCACAAAGUGGAGCAGAGAAGCGCCAAACGCUGCCGCAUCACCUCCACCCCUGAUAGAGAAGGUGACGUUGGCCUCUUGAAGGACGAGCUGGAGAAGCUAGAGGAAGUGAGCUAUAUGUCAGAUGGAUCUCACCUGGGAAGAGAAUCCCCAGAGAACAGGGCAGACAUCCUUCCUUCUCCCCAGAGAAGCGUGCAGGAGGGCACAGUGCUGUCUGCGGCCGGCUGGAAGCCUUCCCGGGGUCACCCCGCCCACGCCAUGAACCUGCGCCGCCUCAGUUUCAUCCGCUCCACAAGACAGGAGAUGUCUGAAAGACUGGCCACCUUGGAGAGAUUCCCUCAGCACCACCUGGGCUCAGCCUUCAACCCCUUUCCCAACUCAAGGGACUGUUCCCCAAAUGAGUCCAUGGUCAGUGAUGUGUCCAGCUGUUCAGCCUCUCCAAGGCCACUCUGCCGAGGAGUCACCAGGACCGGACAGCCAUGCAGGAAAAAGUCCGUCCCGGGCCACACAUUCUGCCACGUUCAUGCUUCUGGUCAGGUCUCCUACACCAGCUAA